CUCGACAUGGCGGGCAAUGGCGAGCCGUUGGAGUCUAGGCAGCCUCUGACUGCCGAUGGCAGUUAAAGCUAUACGACUGUAUUGUUUUCCAGGGGUAUGUGUGCUUGUUUUUAAGUCCUGUCGGUGCAGAGUGGAGGUAUUUUCUGGAUCUUUGUUGUGGGUCCCCCUUUCCUCAGUGGUAUUAUUAGCACGUUGUGUUAAGUAAUGAGAGCAUGAAUGGCUAAUUUGGGGUUGAAACUUCUUGUCCAACUUGGGCGAGGUGUGGGAAAUUUCUUAUGUUGGAGCCCUUGUUUCUCAAGUUCACUGCUGCGUUCUUGGUGUAUUUGAUCAUCCGGAGUCGUCUGUGAGGCUGCGCCCGGGCAAAUUCCCAGGUCGAGUCCAUUGUUUGCCCCGGAAUGCCGCACCCUGCCCUGCUUGGCGAGAAUGUCGCAGUUGCCUAGUAAUAUCAGCACCAGCAUCAGCCAGCCCCUGAUUCCUUUGGUCCAGCGUCCCGCCUUCGCUGGCAUGUGUCGCGAUCCCUGCUUCUUGCCCUCCACGAUAGCACCGUUUGUGAUAGUCUGAGUGUCAGCCGCCGAGCAAGGUGCCGUUCUGGUGGGUACACAAUUGCCGUCACGGUGCAGCCACGAGGGACUGACGGAUCGGCAAAAGGCUUUGCACACAGUGGUCCCCUUGCUCGUUUGGGCUUUAAAUAGAACGUCCAUAUUCUGCUGCGGCAUGCACAGCUCCUAUGUUCGCCUAUUUCACUUGUUCAGAAAUUCAAACCGAGCUCGUUGGUGUAUGUUGGGCGUAGUGUAGCAGUAUGUAUCUUGUGCGUCGUUGUGUCUGUGCGAAUACUAGCCCACCAUGGAGGAGCUACCCGGCUACUGUGGCGGCGGAGGACCAUUUUGAGCUAACAACCGACAAGCCCGUCAUCCAGUCGCCACGCCGCUACAGCCCGAAGGAGAACGAAAUCAUCCAGCAGAAAACAAAUGAGCUGCUCAAGCCCGGCAUCUGCAUCGAGUGGACGGGCCCAACGCAAGUCGCGGUUAAUCCCUUCAUAGCCGCCAAACGUGACGAGGCCACCGGCCUCUGGACUGCCGCGCGCAUGGCCCAGGAUUACCGCCCGGUCAACAAAGGCUUCCUGCAGAUCCCGAUUCAUCCUGACGAUUACGGCAAGACCGCCUUCUGGUGUGGCAACCGGCUCAUCGCCUACACGCGCAUGCUGUACGGUCUCAAGAACGCCUCCGCCACCUUCCAGCGCCGCAUGGACUAUGAAUUGCGCGCCGCUGGCUUGGAUCACCUGGCUGUGGCCUUCAUCGACGACGUGCUGAUCGCUACUGAAACUGCUGAGGAGCAAUAAUAAUAAUAAUAAUAAUAAUAAUAAUAAUAUGUACGCGGUUCACGAAGGAGGCCGCGUUUCUUAAGGAGGAGUGAGUUUUGCUCACCCCACCGUGUCAAAAGGUGGGAAGUUAGCCUGGAUCGCGAGGGCUGGGGCCAGCAGCCGUGGCGCCGCCAGUGGGACCGACGUGGCGUGAGUUCACAAUCCCCAUUUCGCGCUCAAGGCGGUAGUAGAGAAGGGAUGUGGUGCGCAGGCUGAUGACACUGUGCAUGUGUAUGCGCGAGCAGCAGGAUUUUGCUGAUGUGGUGGUGGCACCCAGCGACCGGAGAAGGGGUUCCAAGGUGUUUGACACAGUGCCGCCCUGGCCCAGCGUCACAAUCUGCUCCUUUUUAUAUACUACGUCCCAGCCUGCAUCCCGCAGGGCGUCGGCUAGGCGAGUGUGCUGGGCUUGUUUCUGGUCACACUUUUCGCUGUGGUGGAGGUCUGAUGUGUAACCAACUUCUAUC